AUGGAAACACGAAACACUCCACUUCGAAUAGACGUGCGAGGGUUCAGACCCGAUUUAGUUAUGAAAGUUGUUGAAUGGAUGUAUAACGGUGAGAUCGAGAUGCCGACGGAUAAUAUGAUCGACAACAUGUCCUUGACGAACUACCUCGGUGUGGUUGCACUCCAUCACCUCUUUGAGAACACCUUAAGAAAUAUGGCCAAUGAGACUAGCACUCGCAUAGAUGCCAUAAAUGUGGCCACUCAUCCGAAAACCGGGGUUUCUCCAGAGACACUUUCUUAUAUACUAGGCGUGAUCUACGAACGUCAGUCAACGUUCUCGAACGAUGAAAUUAUGUUUCUACAACCAUGGGCAACAAAGGCUCUUGUUGCUACGCCGUUUCUACAACCAUGGGCAACAAAGGCUCUUGUUGCUACGCCG